AUGGCUACCGUUAUCAUUCAGCCUUCAUUAGGCUACUCCCCUGAGCUCCGCCGAAAGACCGCCUCGACCCCAACACUCUCCCCAUCCCCCAUAUCUGUCACUUCGACCCUUCCCCGCGUACGGGAUGGAGCUAGCUGUGACGCUUGUCUCCGCAGAAAAAGCCGAUGUGCAAUGAAUGAGAUGGUCAACAAGUGUUACUCGUGCGAUUUUCAUCGCCAGGAAUGUACUUUCACUCUUACUACGGAGUCAAAGAAGAGGAAACUAUCCGAAGACCAACAAGAACCGGUAAAGCGACCGGCAACAAUGCAAGCCAAUUCCGUCCCAGAGACCGAAUCCGCGCAUCCGCACGCGCUGAAUAUGAUUCGACCUGGAUUCUUCAACCAGUCCACCCAACACAUUGGCAUGACCACUGAAUUGGAACCAACUCUACUAGAAUAUCUUCCUCUAGACCAAUAUGACGAGUGCACCGUGUUUAACUCGCGCGUGCGAAAGUGUGCCGAUGAUGGCACCUUUAUGCGUGUCGUCGACACGCCUGUCGGUGACUCGCAGGCCGCGUCACUCGAUGCGAUUGAGAGCCUGGUUGCUCCCUAUGGCUCAACUCUGAUCGAGAAGUUCUUCGAUCACGUGCACCCCUCUUUCCCUAUAAUGAUCGAGGAGGCGUUCCGGAAAUCAUACCGGGAACGCCGUGGCUUAUCCCCGCUACUGCUUGCAUCGGUCUACGUCCUGACGUUGAAAUUCGUCGACGUGGGUGCUACCUCGCAGACGGCUCGGAAACCCGAUGCCGCAAAGCUGGAGGCUACAGCCUUGAAGCUGCUUAUGGAAUCUUUACCAUCGCCCAGUGUGUCAACUAUCCAGGCUGGGCUCCUGUUGACGCAGAAAUCGACGUUGGCCACAGCGUCCCUGAACGGACAGCUGGUCACAGCCGGCUUCGAGGUGGGUCUGCACCAGGAUUGCACAAACUGGCGCAUGGAGACGUGGGAGAAGGGUCUACGCAAACGGCUCGCGUGGGCUCUAUACCAACAGGAUAAAUGGUCGUCCUUGGUAAAUGGUCGGCCCUCGCAUAUAUUCGCCUUCAACUGGACGGUCAAGGAUCUAGUGGAGCAGGACUUCUCAGAUGCCUUUGCUUCCGGCACAGACUCCUCGCACGACGAAACAGCCGUCGGCCACGGCCCUCUUCUCUUCUGCCACAUGGUUGCAUUGACCACCAUCCUCUCCGACAUCCUAGACCGAUUCUAUACCCUACACGCGAUCGAAGAGUUCUCGGCGGCCGGAAACCAGCGCACGCGCAUGAUCCUAGAAAAGGCCAAACCGGCCCAAAUCCGUCUCAAGGACUGGUUCUCCUCCCUCCCGCCAUCUCUCAAGAUGGAAACUUCAACCGGCGAACUGGUCGAAACAAUCACCGACGAACACGCCCGCAACGGCGCCCUCCACCUCGCCUACUUCGCCACAGAAAUCACCCUCCACCGCUGCAUCGUCCGCUCCCUCCUCGCCGAAGGAACAGACCCCUACCUAGCGCACAUCUGCCGCUCAGCAGCAAAGACCCGUCUCAUCUCCGCAAUGGACUUCGUCAACCGCCUCCGUCCAGCCCACCUGCGCUCCUUCUGGCCCGCCUCAGCCCGCACAAACUUCUCCCUAAUCGGCUCCUUCGGCAUGCUCCUCCGCAUCACCGCACCAACAAGUGAAGAAGCAGACUUCUACCGCCUACGGCUGUGCGAGUACCGCUGGACCCUAGGCGUCAGCCACAAGAACGCUGCAUUUAUGGGCUUUGCGCUGCAGAGUCUGGACAACGCAACCGCGCUCCACAAGCAUGUUCCCGAGAAACCGGGGAUCGCCGAGCUGAUGGCUAGUUCUGGGAAGAACGCGCCGCAGCGCAUGCCCGCCACGACGCAUGCUUCUUACGAUGACGCCAUGAUGGAGGCGGGCGGGACCUCUAGCUCGGUAAUUUCGGGCCUCGCGUCGCCGGCGACUUCCGUCAGUGAUAUGGAAGAUGAGGGAUCUAUGGCUCUUUGA